UUACUUAAUAGACUCAUUUCUAUAUCAAAGUCAAAGCAAGUAGCAGACAUUAAUAUUAUGUUUGUGACUUUAUAAAAAUGAAAGUUGCUACAUUUUUGCAAUUGUGCAUAGAAUACUUUUAUAAAUUACUUCAGGAGAGAUGAUGAUAGUAUUUGUUUACGACACUGCAAGGUGUUGUAAAGAAGAUGACGAUCCUGCAGAAGCAGUUAUGUAUUUCCAUCCAGCAUGGGUAUCUCUUACCCAAAGGCUAGCUUUGGCAGGUCAAUUAAUGGCUAUUAAUCAGUUUCUUACAACCUCGUUUUCUACUCCAAGAUCUAUCACUUUGCAAGGAGGAAAAUUUGUAUUAAAAAAGUUUGGACAGUACAUUCUUGCUGUGGGAACUGAUAGGAAUAUUCAUGACUGGAUUCUAGAGAGACGUGCAAGCACAUUAGAAUCGUUAUUAAAAUUUUUUCAUUGUGAUCUUAAUAAAAUAUUGGAAUCGUUUAAUUAUGACAGAAAUAAAUUUACAGAAAAACUAUAUCAAAUGUUCGAAACGUAUUUGCCAAUACUUCAAUACAGUGCCAAUCUUUUCUCAAACAUUCCCAUUAUCAAACUUCCAAAGACUGCUAGUAACAUAUUUUUAGAAGCAAUUCAGGUUUUACAGUAUUGCCAAGAAACUAAUGGUGUUAUGGGUGGUGCACUCUUCUAUAACAACAAGGUAGUUGCCACUCAACUAAGCGCAGACUUGACUAAACAAAUAGUUAUAACUGAUCCAUAUAGAAUAAAGGCUCCUGCAGAGAGAAUAUCAACAGAAUUUCAUCUACCUAUAGGAGUGCAAUUAUUACGAGUGUACAUAGAACAAAAGCAAUGUGCAAAACUUGUACAAGAGGCAAACAAUGAACGGUACUACGGUUCAUACUUAGAUACCGUUACAAAGAAGAUGUUGCAAAGAAAGAGCAUUUCUAAGAAUAGUAAGGAACCUCUUUUAUCUGGCAUGAAACGUGACACGUCUCGUAUUUUUACUGUACCUGAAGAAGGAGAAUUAGAUUCCUCGCAGUACAACGAUAACAGUCAUUACAUACCAUCCGUUCCAAUCACAGCUUACAGUUCUCCAAUUAAACGUAAACAGGAAAGUAAAAUAGACCGUCCCAAGUGUAUAAAUCCUUUAACUCCUAGCGUUUGCUCUACACCCUUAAAAGAUAUAAACAGAGUUUUACACGGCAAUCCAAUGUUAAUUUGUAACACAAACGAGGAUGGAAGUGUCGAAACAGAACUUGAAGAAAAGAAAGAAAUAAAGGCAAACGUAGACGAUAUUCCAGACGUCGUUAAGGAAGCGCUUAGAUGUAAACGUUUGAAUAAACUGAGGAACAUUGUACCGAAGAAGAAGGUAGUUAAGAGAAGAGAGUUCAAUAAAAAAAGCUUGAGCAUGCACGAUUUAGAAUCGACCACGAAUUUCUAUUCCAGUCGAAUAUCGGUUAGAACCUACGGAUUAGGUCUACCGCAGUUGAAGACAAACGUAUCUCCCGAAUCUUCUCCGCAAAAAAAGCCAACAUAUAAAAAACAAUUCCAUACAAUUACUGAUCCUAGUUAUCCUGUAUUUCGAUACGACGGACUGCCAGUAUCUAAAUCGUUGUACGAGCAAUAUAUAUCUUCCCAUUACGAAGAGCUUACGGAUGAUAGCAGUAACACAAUUAAUCGUAACGACGUCUUAGCGAGCUUGACGAACAAUUGUAAUUCCAAUAAUGAAACGAACAAUUGCGAUACCACGAGCAAAGAUAACUUCGAGAAAGUGAAUAAUUCACGUGACGUAAAAUUGGAUAACAAAACGAAGCAAGAAACUUAUCGCAGAUCGAUGAGUUUACCUUUAAAACCACUCAAUAUUACUGACAACGACGAUAGACGUAAAUCGACAUCGGAAUGCGGCAACACGUAUGACUUUCUUCAAAAGAAGAAAUUAGAUGGUUUGCAAUUAACACCCCUCAUGUCCAAACUUAGUCUACUCGCAGACGAAAGAACCAGCGGUUUUUGUAGCAGAGAAACUACUCCUAGCGAAUUUCGCGAUUUGUCAGGCUUUUCGACAGCGACAAAUCAAAUGAUCAAACAAAAAUUAGACGCGGCGAACAAAGAAAUUGGUAGCGACGCUGAGGAUGAACUCGAAGAGUAUUGGGUAACUACCUGCAAAGAUGAAGUUUGUCUUGAAAAAACGGAAUUAUUUCUAUGCGGACAUCAAAAUAUGGUGCUGGUAUUGCUCAUGGAAGACGGAACUGCUAACAAUCCUGAUCUUAUACACUCUCUUUGGCACACCUGUGUGAGUGCAUUGGGAAAGCUUGAAACAAGGCUGCAGCAGUGUCUGGAGCCACUACCAUCGAACGAAAACAAAGAAUUGUAUAGUAUUUUAACUGUCGAUCCGCAAUGGGAUACAAUAAACCGUUCCGGACUCUGGGGUGUCACCGAACUGGAUAUUGUUUCUUGCCUUCACGAUAGAUUCACGCAUGCUAGCAAUCUCACGGACAUCAUUGUCAGAACAGAGGAUACUGUUGUUUAUGGUAACCAGUGUGGAAACAUAGAGGUAUUUUAUCAACAAGCAGUGGCACCAGAUACCUCUGGAGGACUUCCAACUCCUGCAGAUUUAAUGGGAAUUGUAUCUCUUAAAGCAAAACGUAGACUGGAAAGAGAUCAUGGGAUUGUAUUGUUAUAAAUGACAAUUAUCCGCAAAUGCUUCCACUACCAUAUUGAUCGCAAUUGGAUUGUUUAAUUUUUGUUUAUUAUAUUCUGUGGCAUGCCAAGUUAACAAUGUUAGAUCAUAUUUUGUACAUAAUUUUUUUCUGCAUAAAUAGUAAUAGACAAAUUAAUCUGAUGUUUUAACAAUGUUGAGUGGGGAAACAUUCUCUUUACCUUGUCUGAUAAUACAAGGAUAUUGAAAAUGAGAAUGAAAUCCUUCGAUUAGUAGUCAGCAUGUAACAGUAGUCAAACUCUUACUACUCUAGCAAUGAUUUUUGAAUAAUCGUGUAUAAAUGUCGCGUAUACAUUACAACGUGUAUACAGAUAGUAUUAUAUUUAUUUAGGACGUUCAUAUCCUGGGUAAGAAACAAUUAGUUCAAAUUUGUAUAUCAUUCCAAAAUUAUGAAAUCAAACAUUCCAUUAAUUUAAUUGACUAAAACUACUUUUACGGUAAAAAAAAAUGUUAUACAUUGACAGUGUUAAUAGAAAGAAAAAUUGCUGAAUUUUCUACGCGUAUUUUUGUAAUCAAGUUCUCACUACCCCAAAUAUAAUUAAUUUAAGAAUUGGCUGUAAUCAAAGACUUUUAUAUCACUCAUAUGUAUUAACCAUGCAUAAUAAAACCGAUAUUAAGGCAUUACUAUUUUCUCAAUCACGAUAAAUAAUGUAUUUUAAUACGAAAUGUUAAAUGUUUUAUUAAAAAUAUUUAUUUAAACGAAUUUUGCAUUGAUCGUUCUCAAUAUCAUGAUCAACGAAACUCCAAUUUUUAUCAUAAUUGUAUGGAAACAAUACGCGGAUCAUUAAUAGUGUAUGUAUUAAAAUUAAUUAAAAAAAGUGAAAGUUUAUUAUCUUCAAUACUCGAUAAUUUAAUAAUUGAUAUUAAAAAGGUUUAUUUUAACUUGUUGAACACGAAUAUAGAUAUGUAGUAAAAUUUGCACUACUUACAUUUAAUAGUGUAGUAAUAUUUAUUAUGUAUGGUUUCAAAGUUGUAUAGAAUUAUUUAAUAUUAUAAUAGAGUGGCAUAAUACAACAGAAGUUCUUUUGAACCUAACUUUUUAAUCUCUUAGGUAGAAGACAAAAAGAAUUCUAGUAUUCUGCUACUACGUCCAACUUAAGUGAUCACUAGCAUUAAAUAAUUUAUUAGUGUAUUUAAAAAUCAUGUAAUCGUGGAUACAAAUUUUUAUUACGAGUAGUUAUAAGGUAACUCAUGCUGUUUAUUAUUUGACUUCUUAUUAAUUCAGUGUUGUGUAAAUGAGUUUAUAUUAUACAUAUAUUAUAUAUAAUUUAGAGUAACAAACUAAUUCUUUGUACAUAUAUGUAUGUUAGAAGCAUCUAAUAAUUUAUUUACAUCAUUUAGAAGUAAUGAUGAAUGAAUUUUUUAGUUUGUUAGUGUGUGGAUUGAAAUAUACUAUUAUUUGAAAAAAAAACAAAAAAAAAAACGAAGUACGUUUGCAAACCAGUGUAUAAGAUGAUUAUGUCAAUAUAUUAAGAAAAAAAAAAAGUGUUAGACACUACGCAUAUAACGAAAUUGCCACUCAAAACGAACUAUAAAAUCUCAAUAAUAAUCGAUCGUUAGCGUCCUGUGUUGCGUAUUUAUAAUGAUACCUUUAUAUCGUUUCUAAUAUUAUACAUUGUUCAAAUCUUGAUGCAUAUCUUUUACAUUGUAUUUUCAGCAAUUAAAUCUAGUCACUUGUAUGUAUAUUGUCAUACACUAUAAACGUUCUCAAUUAUUCUUUAACAAUAAUACAAAGAUGAAAAUUAUUUCUGUAGAAGAAUUCAUUCCGCUAAUAAAUCGAUUAUACUUCUCCCAGUUCAAACCAACUUAAACUCAACAUAUUAUGUACAUUCAGAAAUAAAUUACCAGUUUAGAGAUAAUGUAACAAAAUUUGAAAUUUGUGAAAGAAGAAGAGGAAGUUAAGAUUAAGCCAACGUAAAGUUGAACGUAAAUAUGUUGUUCUAGAAAUUGACUAUCUAUCCUGAAUUAUUCUGUUAUCUUUUUUCCAAUGGCCUCGAUAACGAUGGAAAUCAAUCGGGGCGAGCCUCCUGGUUUAUUAGCAUCACACGUUACACAAGUUUCUUUUUCGCGUGUUGUUUAUGUUAAUCGUUAACCAAGCCCACCUUUUUGAUUCGCCUUAGGCACCAAGGCACCAAUCACGUUUCGUCAUCGAAAUGGCGAGCCUCCGCAAAUGGAAAGUUUUAAACUAACUUAAAACACGUUCAACUUUUAUGAGAGUCACAUAACAUUUCCUCCC